AUUGGUUCCCUAUCUCCAAGAUUUGGGUUGCCUCUAUGCCUAUGAAGAUGAGGGGCCUUCAUAUGAACUUUGUUCCUUGACAAGAUACUGACCAUGGAUCAUUUGAAGAACAAAGGUUUUCUUAUGCCCACCAGAGGUCCUCCUCUAUGAUGCACCCAAGAAGAAACGGGGAAUCAUUGCUGCUUCUCAUCUAAAGUAUAGGCUGGAAUCUUUGCUAAAUUCAGGAUAAAUUGGGUUCAUUCCAAUUUGUUAUGGAUGUUGUUGAUGGAUGGGUAUCUUCAGCUUGGAGCUCUAUGGGCCGCAGUCUUUGGAGUUGGUUGCCUGGCUUUUGUGGUUUGUUUGUUUUGAGAGAAAUCAAAGGAUUUUCAAUGUUCUGGAUAAAGCCUCUCAAGAGCCUGAGACAUCCAGGCCCUCACAGGAGCCCCCUAUUUCCACUAUCUAGUAAUCGACAACUUUCUCUGAAAUGCUUCGUAAAUAUUCCCAACGAGAAACCGUUUGGUGAACUGGGUAAGGUCAAGACUCAUGCGGACUGUUUUGCGGGAAGACUGUGGGAGACCUUUCCUGAACCAGUGAAAGAGUUCCCGUGGAAGAGGGCGGAGGAAAUGGUGCUGCAGUCCCUGUUUGUUCUUGGCCGGAGGGCAUUGAAAUGGGCCCUGAUCACUCUCUUUGUUGCUAGUUCAUUAUCAGAUGUUAUAUUUGCCAUUUCAAGGAAUCAAGAGCUGUCGAUUCCCGUGGGGCUCUUUCUAGGCUGCACGAUGGCUGAUUUCUUGAAGCAAACUUCACAGGAGUUGUUUCCAAUCACAAAGGAACAUAGUUUGUUUUGGCACCUCAUCGGCACUGGUUCGUUUUUUGUGGUUGUUAAAUUCAUCUCUCUGUAUUUGGCGAUACGAGGACGGGUUUUUCUUUCUCACGUCGGCAAUGGUGGAUUGAUGCAAACCUUGUGGUUGGGAAUGAAGCUGCAGGAGGAAGCAAAAGAUGAUGAGAGUGAAAAGCAAACACCGUCUCCUCCCCCAGACCAACUUGGACAGACGACUGGUGCAGACUCCUGAGAUGUGCAGUUUUACAGCUGUGCUCGAGAUAGGAGAGAUUGUUAGUCAUGGAGCUUCAUCUUGUUUAUAUUUUGCUCUCUGUGGUCAAAGCGGAUAACCCUACCCCCUGUGCAGGCGGAAACUGCCAGCAAUUCUAUCAGGUGUAUGUCAUGAUACACAGCUAGAUGGUUGUCAUUUGUUCUUAGGAAAUGUAUGAAAGAGGCCACCUUCCACCAUCCGAAUGGAAGGGGAGAUGGUGUGGAUGCAGAAUGCCCACCUGGCGGCCCCUACCAUGAAUGGCCCAUGGUUGCAAAACACAUGAUCACCCGGUUAUAAUCGCUGUACUUUACCCUGCAGAAUGUCAACUUUCAAAAGUAAUUUAUUUUCUUCAUUUUCAUUGUUGACGUAACAACUUAGGAAACUAUUUAAGGGAAUAUGCUCUUAU